CACAUUUCCCCCCUCCCUCCUCCUCAUUUGUCCCUUAUCUUUUCCCUUUCCUCUCUCUAUAUAUAAAUACAUUUAUAUACAUAUACAUACAAAGUUAAUUAACAUCCCCUCACCGCCGUUUCAUUUUACAUUAAUUAUAUAUAUAUAUAUCUGUUAUAUUUAUAUCAAUUUAAAUUCUUCUGACUGGGGAAAUUAUUAUUGGACGAUAACAAUAAAUUAGGGUUUGUUUCAUUUGAUUCAGAUCUCUUUCUGACUCUUUUGACGGGGGUAGCCGGGGCUCCGGCCUCGGCGGGUUUUAAAGCCCCCUCUACCUUUAACAUCAUGCCUGCUUUGGCUGUUUCUGUUGAUUCCGCCAUGGCCGCUCUUUCUCUUCCUUCUCCGGCGCCGGAGCCUUUUCCCGGCGUCACUCCGGUCGUCAUGAAUUGGGCCACGGAGGAUUCCACCGAUCUGUACAAGAUUUCCGGCUGGGGAAUGCCGUAUUUCGCCGUCAAUUCCUCCGGUAACAUAACCGUCCGUCCACACGGUGACCGUACAAUCCACGGCCAGGAAAUCGAUCUGUUGAAAGUGGUUAAAAAGGCUUCUGAUCCGAAAUCCGCCGGCGGUUUGGAUCUCCGGUUGCCGUUAAUUGUCCGGUUCCCGGACGUUUUAAAAGACCGGUUGGAAUGUUUACAAACGGCGUUUAAUUACGCCGUUAAGUCUUCAGGUUUUGGUUCUCAUUAUCAAGGUGUGUAUCCUGUGAAAUGUAAUCAGGAUAGGUUUAUAGUUGACGAUAUCGUGAAAUUCGGAUCCGAAUUUCGGUUCGGGUUAGAAGCCGGGUCGAAACCCGAGCUUUUAUUAGCAAUGAAUUCACUCUGCAGUAAAGGUAGUCCUGAAUCUUUACUUAUAUGCAAUGGUUUUAAAGAUGCUGAAUAUAUAUCUUUAGCUUUAAUUGCUAGAAAGCUAUCUUUAAAUACUUUUAUUGUACUUGAACAAGAGGAAGAAUUAGAAAGUGUGAUUGAAUUAAGCCUUAAGUUAGGUGUUCGCCCCGUUAUCGGGGUUCGGGCUAAGCUUAGGACUAAGCAUUCGGGCCAUUUCGGGUCAACUUCUGGGGAAAAGGGUAAGUUUGGGUUGACCACUACUGAGAUAUUGAGGGUAGUGAAGAAGCUGAAACAAUGUGGGAUGUUGGAUUGCUUUCAAUUGUUGCAUUUUCAUAUUGGGUCACAGAUUCCGAGUACGGAUUUGUUGGCUGAUGGUGUUGGUGAAGCUGCACAGAUUUAUUGUGAGUUGGUUCGGUUAGGUGCGUCGAUGAAGGUGAUUGAUAUUGGUGGUGGGUUAGGGAUAGAUUAUGAUGGGUCCAAAGGAGGGAAUUCGGAUCUUUCUGUUGGGUAUAGUUUGGAGGAGUAUGCGAUGGCGGUUGUCGAGACGGUUAUGUUUGUUUGUGAUAGGAAUAAUGUUCAGCAUCCGGUGAUAUGUAGCGAGAGUGGGCGGGCUAUUGUUUCUCAUCAUUCGAUAUUGGUAUUUGAAGCGGUUUCUUCUAGCAAGUAUACGGUGCCAUCUAUGUCGUCUUUUGAUGUUCAGCGUCUUGUGGAGAGGCUUCCCGAGGAUGCUCAUUUGGAUUAUCAUAACCUGUCGCAGGCGGCUGUUAGAGGCGAUUAUGAAGCUUGUUUGGCUUAUGCUGAUCAACUGAAAGAGAAAUGUGUUGACAAGUUUAAAGACGGGUCGUUGGAUAUGGAGCAGUUGGCUGCUACUGAUGGGCUGUGUGAUCUGGUUGCCAAGGAAAUUGGGGUGUCUAAUCCUGUUAGCACUUAUCAUGUGAAUCUGUCUGUUUUCACAUCGGUUCCUGAUUUCUGGGGUAUAGAGCAGUUGUUUCCUAUCCUUCCAAUCCAUCGUUUAGACGAGUGUCCAACCAAAAGGGGAAUUUUGUCUGAUCUAACUUGUGACAGUGAUGGAAAAAUUGACAAGUUCAUCGGAGGUGAGUCGAGCUUACCCCUCCAUGAAUUAGACGGGAUGAAGUACUAUUUAGGGAUGUUCUUGGGAGGGGCUUACCAGGAGGCUCUUGGGGGUCUUCACAAUCUGUUUGGUGGCCCGAGCGUUGUCCGUGUGUCCCAGAGCGAUGGUCCCUUUGGUUUUGCAGUUACGGGAGCUGUCCCAGGUCCAUCUUGCAGUGAUGUUCUCCGCUCGAUGCACCAUGAACCAGAGGUCAUGUUUGAAACCCUUAAGCACAGGAUUGAAGAGUAUGUUCAUGAUGAAGGUGGAGCUAUGAUCGUGGGUGGCAUUGCCCAGUCUUUCCACAACAUGCCGUAUCUUACUGUCGGAUCUUCUUGUUGCUUGACUGCUGCAAAUGGCAAUAAUGGCUACUAUUACUGUUCUGAUGAAGACUUCGCAGUCGGAGCUGAUGCAGUUUCCGGCGAUGAUGAGCAGUGGUCCUAUGUUUGUGCUUGAGAGUUACUUGUCACCGAGGUGGUUCCGUUCUGCAAACUUCUAAUUUGUUCCUGUUUUUUUAGUCAAAAAGUAGUUAUCUUUAGUUUUUAUUUCGCUCUCUGUUUCUAUGUGAACAAGAUUAAAAGAGAGAUGUUGAUUUUUUUCUUUUUUGAUAAAUCUAUGAAGUUUGAGUUGGGCGAUAAUUAUGUAGCCGAAUUCUCAUGUUAUGUACAUUCGGUAACCAUUCCCCGACUCAUCCUUCAUCUGUAGUUCGUUAUUUAUCAUAAUACAAUUACUUCUUUCCAACUUA